UGAAGAUUUUUAACUUGCUUUGUCUUUGAUGCUUCAAUAGACAACAAUUACAAUGGACAUAAACAAGAUAAUCAGAAAUUCUAGUAAUAAUGUAUCUUUUAUAGUGUAUGGUUGCUUGAAUAUUGAAGAAGGAAAUGAUUAUAAUUCCCCACUUGAGUCCAAGGAAUCAAACGAAACAUUUUCAUCAAACACAUCAACGUCGUCGUCGUCAUCAUCAUCGUUCGAGUCUCUAAAUGAUUUUUCUGAACAUUUGGUCCAACUUCAUAUCAAGAGGGGACUUUCCAAGUACUAUAAAGAAAAAUCUAAAACCUUCAGAUCCCUAUCUGAUUGCAAGUGCUUAGAAGAUCUAUCAAAGAAGAAGAUUGCUCUUAAAAAGAAAGCACGUAGUUCAUUCCAUAGUCCCAAGGCAGACAUAUCAAAGAAGGGUGGAAGAAGUUGUUUCACAUCUUUAUUAUAUAAAUUGAAUUAGUUUCAUGACAACUCAACUCUAAGAAUCAAUGCAAUGCAAAAGGGAAAUGAUUUUUGUAAUACAGAAACUUUUUUUUUUAUGAUCAACAGAAACUUGUUGUCAAAUGCAAUUUGCAUGUAUUUUUAAAAUAUGUGUAAACUGCAGAAGUUAAAAAGUAUGAGAUAUAAAGACAAACAUAUAGUUCCCAUGAGCUUAGCUCAAUUGGUAGGGACAUCACACUUUAUGUGCAGGAGUCCGGGUUCUAACCCGGAACACUCCACUUAUUCACUU